AUGGCACAGAAAGCGGCCAAGACACUUGCCGCGCGCAACACUCAGACCCUCAACCGCACCCUCAUUAUCACAGCCGCCGUCCAUGCCGUCUUCAUCUUACUCCGCGGUCUUCUCUUCCGGCACUCAUUCACCACCCGCUCACUCACGCUCUACCUGGUGCUCUCCGCACCAUCCCUCAUCAUCCAAUUCUGGUUUGAGCGCAUUGGCCGGCCGACCUAUGGCGCCGCACCCGGCGACCUUCGCCGAAGCGGCGAGGAUCUUGAGGCGAAGGGGCUGACAGAGUGGAUGUGGGACGUGCUGUACUGGACCUAUAUCUGUCUGGGGUUCGCAGCGAUUCUAGGCGAUUGGGCAUGGUGGUCAUGGGCUGCUGUGCCGGCUUAUUCAGCUUGGCUCGCCUACACGACGUUCGUUGGUGCUCGUCAGGGAAUGGCCGGUAUGGCAGGCGCGGGUGGCGAGGGUGGAGAUUCGGCGCAGAGCAAGAGACAGCAGAAGAUGGAGAAGAGGGGCGGUCAGAAGAUGCAGUACCGCUGA